CGAACGUCAAAAUAGGAAAGUGCAAUGUACUUGUGAAAUUUUACUAUUUUUUUAUUGCAACUUUUGUCAUUGUUUUCGAAAACUAGUUAAGCUGAAGAAUUUAGUUUUACGUCACAAUUUAGAGUUCCGUUGUAUUAAAUUUGCACAAAAAAAUGGAAUUGUCUUCGGGUGGCCCCAACGCUUCUAAACUAACGAGAGGAGCCGGAAGGAACUCGCAUUCUCCUCUCUUACUAUGUUCAGCGGAUGCAGAAAUUAUAGAUAUUAGUAAAAUUAAUUUCGAAGAUGACGAAAAUUGGUUAUGCUCGACGAAGUCGAGCGAUGGAACCGACUUACAAGACUGGAUUCGAAACGAACCGGACUCGAACAUCACCCAGUCAGCCAUGGAUUUCCAGAAGAACAUAGACACGAGAACGUUCACGCGGCCGAAGAAGCGCUUCUCCCGACCCAGCCUCGACCAAUACAACGAAUUCUACGCGAGCAGCAGCGAAACCGUCACCCUGGGCCCCGACUCGCGCGGCGCCAUCGCCGAGGAGCCCUCGGACGGCGACCGCCCCAAGGCGAAAUUCGACCUGUCGUUGCCCUCGAGCCCUUUCUACUUCAAGAAUCUCGCCACCGACGCCAUGAUCGAUUCGUUCAUGAACGCCUCGCCGCCCAGCCUCGCCAAUUCCCUCUGCUCCUCCACGUUCGCCAAUCUGAUGGAGAGCAGCGUCAUCAAAAACGAUCCGAUACUCAGGGGCAUCAGAGACGCCGAUUACUCCAAUUUCAUAUUGGAUUCGGAAACUCCGAUGAUUCAGAGCUUGGAGAGCAUCAGCUCCGAAAACGCUGAUAGCUUCUGGAAGAAAAUAUCUUACAACAACAAUUCGAUAACUUCGGAUUCUUUUAUGAAGAAAAAAGAUGAAAAAGGGAGCAACGAAAAGCCUGGUGUCAUAGCUGAAAGAACCUUUGUUAUGGAAAACGAAGAAGUGAAUCAGACAUAUAAUAAUCCUAACGGUACAUAUCGUAGAACCCCCAAACACAACACGUUUAGAUUACACGAUGUUCAAAGAGGUCCGAAACUCACAGAAACCACUUUCGAUGCACUAUUAUCCAACAACGACGAUAAACACAUUAACAAAACUCGCAGGAUCAUAAACGAUGUCGAUAAAUUGGAAGAUAUGAAGAAAGAUCUCUCUCGUUCGUUGGAAUUGCAUACCGAUUUAAAUAGACUGAGCUAUUGCAUGGAAAACGACCUCAAGUUAAACGACGUGAAUAAAGCGAACAACUUGAACGAUUCUGUAAUGAACAGUUCCGCGGGUUCGGCAGAUAGUCUCGAUCGAUUGAGCAGCCUGUCAGGCAGCAGCAGGGAAUCGAAUAAAAUGCCAAAUAUAAUAGACGUGGAUGCUAUUGUUAAAAGACAGGAGAAACAUUUGAAUCUGAAUUGCGUAAUGUCGACUCCGAAGCCGUCGGCGGGGGGCCCCAGGAUGUCGUGGGGCGAUAAAUUCAUGUCGCCGAUCGUAGACGGAAAGUCCGAUUCGGAUUUAUCGUCGUCGGACGAUUACAAAAGCGUCAAAUCGUCGCAGGACGAUAGGUUGAAGCACCAACAACCGAAGACGAUGAAUUUCAUCAAAGUGGCCAACACCAAAUUGAAAACCGGCCACCAAUCGACCUACACCGGCUCGAUCACCAAACCGAUGGCAGCCAUCAGGUCUCCUACGAAAUCGCCGAAGGCCAAUUGCUAUUCCAAUUUGCGCGGUUCGAUCGUACCGAGCGUCCAUAAAUUAAGCAAACCCCGACCGUCGAGCGUCGUCGCGUCGAAUUUAAAGGCCAUGGGAACGACGUUGAAGGGCUCCUACACCAGCUUGAGGCCGAUCAGCACGAAUUUACCCGAAGCGCCGCCUCUCGUCGGUAACGUGCAACCAAUAUCGAUAUCGAGGGCUGCUCAGCCUAACGUGACCCGCACUUUGGAGCCCCUAGAUGAUAAAGCAGCGUCUAAAGAACAUUUAGGCGUAGAUGAGACUUUCGUGAAGCCCCUGCCGAAGCCUAGUUAUUUGCCACGUCCCUCUAGCAUUCCAAGGCCAGCUACCGGCUCUAGAAUACCGGCUCCUCGUAGCGGUAAUUUGAGGCAAAUACCCGCAAGAACUUCGUACAGUAGUAAACGAUUAACGAAAAUGUUGACCCAGUAAUAACGCGAUUAUUCUAGUAGGCGGUGUUUCUUCUCUCUUGUGCCUUAAAUUUGCGCACGAGCUUGUCUGAUAGGUGUUCGUGCGUACCCGCCACUCAUCGUUAUUCACCUGCCCAAUUAAUGUAAUAUUUAUUAAUUUAUAUUACGAUUUUUAUAACGUAGGAAAGUUUGCUUUUAUUUUCGUUCUGUUUGUAAACAGUUAAUUGAAAAAUGUCGCCGCGACAAAAUCAUAUUUAAUUAUCUCGUACUAACCAAAGUCGAAAGUGAACUCUUCCAAAGUAAAUAUACAUAAUUGUGUAUUAAUUUGUUUAUUAUUAUUAUUAUUAAAAGUGUCCUGAAAAUACGUUUAUUUGUGAUUGUUUUUUAAUUAUUAUAGUACAUUUUUCGCUAGUCUUAUGGGAGAGUACAUUUAUUUAUUUCUAACUCUUUUAACUCAUUCUUCUCAUUUCAUUUUCGUAAUUAAUUGUAUAUUUUGUCCAUAAAGCAGAGUAUAGCUAGGCAUUUUUUUGUAUAUUCAGGAUACUUAGCGAAUUAAUUCAAAUAUAAACGCAAAUAUAUAGAAUAUAUGAAAUGUUUUCGUUUGAGUAACUAAUAGAAAAAUCGAUUAAUUAGUUUGUUUCUUUAUAUUUAAUUUUUUUAAUUAGAUGCCGAAGCAAUGGCUCGUCUGGCUCGUGAUACUUAAUCUGUUUGCAAUAUUGCCAAUUUUAUGAGUUGAACAAAGAAAGUUUAUUAAAAUAACAGUUAAUUAGAGUAAGAAAGUUGAAAUCACACAAUAUCCCCCUUUCUUUUUCCUUCCUAACGGAAGUUGUCUUUGUUGCACUCAUAGCUUAUAUUGCAAAUUGAUUUGGCCGAGAUCCAGACGUGUCGUUGUCAGCAAAUCCAUCAGGAAGUGAUCCAAAUAUUUCGAAGAGUACGAAUAUUCAUUUAACAUUUUUAUUCUAAUGGAAUCGCUUUAAUAAUAUCGAUUAUAGUCGCCUAAUACGUUUGAUGUUUGAAAUAAAUACACUGGGAAAAAAGUUUGGAUCGCUUUAAAUCAACUUUAAGAUCUCUAAUUUAGCGAAAGUUUCGUGGAAUUUGUACGACAAUCUAAUUUUUCCUGGCGAAAUAUAUCGUUUUUUACUUGUUUUUACUACAAAAAAUAUAUUAUUAAAAACUAAAAUCAUCCGUUUAUUAUUCAACAAAUAAAACUACUUACAUCGAGACACGCCACUGUAAAACACCCUAUACUCUAUUUAAAAACUAGGUGGAGCAUUUUAAAAAGCCAGAUUCACACCCAAAAAAGUUACUAGAAAAUUUGCAAGGCUGCAAAUAAACUCACAAUAACUCACAAUAUUUAUAUUAAAAGAAGGAAUGAAUUAACAAAUCACCCAAAUAGGACAUAUUAAAUACUUCUAAAACAUAACCUCAAAAAGGUGGUAAACCAGUUUUACAGCGUGAACUUGAUUAGUAAUUAACCAAUAAACAAACGCGAGUGUUGCCAACUUAAAUUCAAAUCGCUCCUCCUAGUUUUCAAACAGAGUACAGUACACGUCAGUCUUGCAAACAUCCCCUGAUUAUCACAGCCUCGUUGUAGCACCAGCGCGCACGCCCGCGCCCCCCCUACGUCCAAUCGCAGUAGCCCCUGCACUUCCCUCCCGCCUCCCCGAAGCCGCCGCCGACGCAGCUCGGCGCGAACCGCACGUUGAUCGUGACCGGGUGCAGCGCGUCCGUCGCGGCGCCCUCCAGCAGCUCGCCCUCGCCCAGGUAGGGCGCCAGCGCCCUGUACUCCACCGCCAGCGGCACGUAGUGGGAGCGCUUCGCGUGCAACGCGAAUAUCGGCACGUCGAAGUUCCGCUCGGCGGCGGCACCGGCGGCGCCCGGGUGGCGCUUCGGCGGCGGGUUUUUCGGCGCCAGAGGGGGGCUCGAUGACCUGCCCGAUGCGUG